AUGGUGCUCCUAACCUCCUCCACAGUUGCGACGCUGCUCAUUCCAGUCAUCACCUGCGUAUGCACCUUCAGCAUCUUUUUGGCGGGGUAUUCUCUACAACAGCAUUCAGUGCGCAACAUAGAAAAGGCUUUCCGUGCGUUGGAUGCUUCACAGGCAGAUUACGAACAGUAUCCGUUCGAUACACCCGAGCAAGCCACGUGGGAUCCGGAGACUGGAGAGCUUUCGUCACUAAAUAAAGGGAACUUUGCAUACUUGCAACUCCUUGCCGAGCCCAAUCCCUCUGAUAUUUGCUCUGCAAUUGCCUUUUACAAAAAGCUAGUAGAAGGCAAGUCAGAAAUUCAAGACCGGCUGUUCAUGUACCCGCAGGAAUGGGAUAUGAUAAUGUCCACGGAUCCCACAGUCAAUAAAGCACUGUCCUUUUUGCGUGAUGCUAGUGUGAAAUACAAAUUCUGGCUCCUACCUAUCGACAUGAAGCUCGUGGUGCAGCAGGGCUACUCACUGACGGACUCAAAAUUGCUUCGUCUGGGCGAGAUUCAGUUUAUGGCAUACGACAGCGUUCUAUAUCUCCGAACGCCGGGACUAUUACUUGACGCCAAAGAGCUCGAUAAGAUAAUCCUGACUCGUCCACUUCCUAUGAGAUAUGAUCCAACUCGUCAGGAGUCUUAUCGUAAUGGAGCAUGGAUCGGCAUGCCCCUUCGUGCGCAUGAUGAAUCUAAACUGCCGCCUGUGUAUCUGAUUUCGGUGAAUACAAAACGCAACAGGGUGGAAGCACGCACACAUGUCCCCAAUGUGGCUCUGCGAGGGUUCGGCGAUUUGGCUGCCGGUCCCAAUUACAAAAAGGUCACCGGGAAUGAUCCCGCAUAUGUCUUUUUCGAAUGGGAUGAAGAAGGCCAUGCAAAGCGAGAGAAUAAUCCAUAUUAUGAUCAAUGGAGAAAGGAGCAAAAUCAAGUCUGCGCGGGACUAGACUUGGAUUUUUAUUAG